GGUGUCUCCAGAAAUAACCAGUUCCCGUGGAAGAGCCUCGGCAACCAACAUGAUGGAGAGCGCGGUACGGACGCUUCGCAGAGCCUCGAAAACAAUUUCACGAUGACAACCACUACCUAGUGAAUCAGGAACGAUGAACAACACGAGUCUGGGAAGGAUCCCUCCUGACCAGUCAUCGGGGAGCCUGCACACUUAUGGAACCCUUCGCCAUCCCAGCGUCAUCGAUCCCAUUCUAUCAAAGCGGGUAUGCUUCUACAAGAGCGGAGACCCUCAGUUCAGCGGUUUACGUAUGGUGGUCAACAACCGCACCUUUAAGACCUUCGAAGCUCUCCUAGACAGCCUGUCUAAAAAGGUGCCCCUGCCGUUCGGUGUGAGGAACAUCACCACCCCACAUGGGGUUCACACCAUCAACACGCUGGAUGAGCUGGAGGAUGGAAAGUCCUACAUCUGCUCUGACAGCCGGAAGGUGAAACCAAUCAAUCUGGCACAGGCCAGAAAGAAGCUUCCGCCCUGGUACCAUGCCAGACCUGUUAGCGCCCACCGCCACCGCAAGACAGUGCAGCGGUCAAGGGCUUUCUCAGGCUGGACCACCCGCAGGCAGGAGUCAGUACUUGUACACACACCGAAGAGGCUGGUGGUGUUUCGCAAUGGGGACCCUUCUGUCAAACAUCCUGUGGUGCUACGAAAGAGAAGCAUGGCGACGUUUGAGUCAAUUCUGGAAUAUAUUUCAGAGUUGAUGCAGUUCCAUGUGGUGAAGCUGCACACACCUGAUGGCAGACGAGUGGAAGGACUACCAGGCUUGAUCCUGUGCUCAGGGAUGGUGGUGGCUGUAGGCAAGGAGCCGUUCAGGCCUGCAAGCUACAAUAGCCAGAAAUCACUAAUAUCAACGCAGCCGUCUGUCAGAAGACUGAAGGCAUUGAGGCGAAAAAAGAAGUCGGUCUCAUACAAGUCAAGAAACUUCUCCACAUCCUCAGAGAGGUACAUUGUGAAUAAGAUUCACAACUCCCUCAUGGAAAGCUCAUGCGACAUACCCAGCAACCCCACAAACUCCAUCGAGUCCGGACAUGUGCUGGAGUCCGUUGCAGAGACAAAGGCUGAUCGCGAGAUACCCAGUGAGGAUGAUAUUGAAAAGUCCUUUCGGGUUAACCAGGACGGCAGCAUGACGGUGGAGAUGAGGGUGCGGCUGACCGUCAAAGAGGAAGAAACACUCCAUUGGACGACCACCCUGUCACGUCUAAAUGUGGCAAAUCAGCUUAACAUGACUUGUUUGCCUGAGCCGGAGUCAGAGCAGGACAUCUGCACCAGUGCCUCGAUGAAUUUACAUAACUCCGUCUCCUCGAAUGACACCAUCGACAAGGAUAAAACUAAAGACCACCACAAUGAGGAGCUACCAUCGCUGGGUAAUGGAGUUUUUAGUCAAAGCAGUUAUGAAGACGAUGACAUCAAAAAAGAGCCGAAUGUGGCGUCUCCAAGAAGAGAGCAGACCCCAGGACAUAAACAAAUGGGAAAAAAGCAAGCAUCUCACUUGUUCAGGGAAGAGACAGAAGAUGCAGCCAUGACAGAGGAGUACUGCAUGGUCAUGCAGAGCAGCACAAGACCAAUCCCAAAACCCAGAAGGCUCAGUUGUAUAGAUGCUAACGCCCUAAACAAUACAUCCUUUAAAUUAGAUGAGGUCAUCCAGAAUGAAUCUAGUGGGGAGGAAGUCACUGAAACUGUCUUACACAUAUAUGAACAACAGACUUGCCAGGAUAAUUUCCAUGCCAAUGUCUGCACACAUGGGAUGGUCUUUUACCGGCCGGAUAGUUCAGAAACAGGACAUCCCUCCACAAAUAACUUUGAACCAGAGCUCUGUAAACCCUCAACAGCCUCAGAGUCUAUUAACAUCUGGAAAGCUGGAGACAAGUCAGUCCCUAGUAAAAAACAUAGUAGAAUAAAAGUUAAGCAGCAAGUGCCAAAGUCCAUCAAAGGCAAAAUAUAUCGACCUCAGCACAACAAGUCUAAUAAAACAGGAAGGAGCCCCAAAGUUAAUAAUAAAGGCUUUAGACGUAUUUUGUCGCCAGGUAAAAGACAGAAUUCAUCAGGAUCUACAGUGAAACACAAGAAAGCAAAAACCUUCUCCAGUGCAGGGUUCCUGCGGAGAAUCUAUGGCAAUAAAUUAAAAUCCCCAAUAAAAUCAAAGAUCAAAAGGAGAUUAACACAAAGCGAGGAUUACACAUUGAAAGUGCCACGUAACCAAACAAAACAUAUGCUACAAAUGGCUAGCAAUAUGCAUGAAGCAAGGGCUGUAUUGAUUCGGCAGACUUCUGUACAUCGAGAGAAGGAAAACAAACGCUAUGAAGUCAGUGAACAAAUGCCACUACCCGCUUUUGACUCCUCUAGCUCUAUCGCUAAAGAGUAUGUGGAGAGUUGGCUGAAGAAAGCUCAAAUUAACAGAGAUGGAAGCGAAAAUAAGACAGAGGGGUCUUAUGCAAAAACCGAAAACGAACCGCCAUUGCCUGAGGACGUGCGAGGAUCUUCUGUCCAACACAGAAUACAGUCCUUAGAAAACAAGAUGGCUGCAUCCAACCUUAAUGUACAAAAUUAUAUAGAAGAAAUAAAACCUCAACCUAAAAUUAACUACCCAGAGAUGCCACCAUACAGGAAAAUGGGGAAUGAAUCAAUCCAAGAGUCUUCUGAUACUCUCUCAAUGGAGCUGCCUCUACCGCCUCCACCUGAAGAGGAAACGUUCAAACCUGAAUAUCCCCUGACAGAUGGAGCUGACGCUGUGGCCUGCAAACCAACAAACAUGCAGCCAUCAGGGACAAUCUUAGAUAAUCACUCGCCAUUUUUUGAUCCCACACCUGCCCAGGAUUUACUGCAUAGCCAACACGUAAUGAAAAUGACUAAACUGCUGCAGCCUGAUGUUCCUAACACGCUGCAGAGAGCUUCAUCUGUCAAAAGGGCCCCCUUGAUCAGUAAUAUGUCUUUAGAGAGGAACAUGUCGGUCAGAAAGGCUUGUCUAGACAAGUUUACGGUUUGUAACAAUGAUAACUUAUCUGAAAACGCUUCCAAAACUCAACAGUCACUCUUCGAUGCAAAGGCCAGGUCUUCUGUGUCUCCAAAUAGUUUAUCGUCUGAUGAGACGCUGUCGUCAGUCAGUAUUGUAUCAAGUGAGGCUUCAACAUCUCCAAAUAAUCUCCAAAUGGAGGAAUCGUCACCUAAACCCAUAAAAAGUCCACCUCUAAAUGGAAAAGUACAGUCUAAAUCAUUCCAUCACCACCCUCUUGAUAAGAAUACAUCACCAAAUACGGCCGUGCGAAAACAGGUGACACCAAAUACCAGUCCCCUGCCAGAUAAAAGGCAGACUUUGUCCGAAUCCAAGCUAAGCAAACAGUUCACACAUUCCCACUCUAUGGACUUAGUGUCACCGCCAGCUAGACGCAAGACAAAGAAAAAGGUGCUCUCCAGGAACAUUUCGUCAGAUAGCACAACAGAGGCUGAGAGUACAGUAAGAAAAACACCAUCCCAAAGAAAGAAUACUCUUAAGGCCUUAACAGCUGAUCAGGACAAAACAUAUACCACGUCUCUAAAACAGAUCAAUGCCAAUGAUGAGACAAGUGAACAACUUUUGAUGGACAAAGAACUCCAAGCACAGCCAUUAAAAACUUUCAACCAGCCACAUAUGAAAGACCUCCUGGACAAUGUCUGCUAUUCAAUCAAGUCAAUCAGGAAAAUCACUCAAAACAAACGUCCAUCUAGCUUAGAAAAGUCCAACAGCUUGCCAGAUUUCUUCUCCCAUGUGGCCUCCACCUUUGGCUCCUCUUCAAAAGUGCUCCUCGCCUUCCUAUCCAUCAUGACACUAAAGGACAGCAUCGCCAACCUCAGUGUGGACCAGCUGAGGGCCAACGACGUCAGCUGCGCCGAAGCUUUGAAGAUGAUCAACUCCCUGAGAGAAAUUGCAAGCAUGGAAGAUUCCCAGCAAUUAAGGGAUAGUUUGUCUGAGCUACAAAAAUCGGCAACAAAGCAGCUCCUCAACAGCUGGAAAGGCUUCCAGGAGAUGGGUGAAAAAUAUAAGACCUCAACACCAAGCGGUUUAGAGAGAGACCUCACACAUGAUACUGAAGAGCUGGUUAUUGAUGACUUCAUUGAUAAGCUUAACAUACCUGAAAUACUAAAAGAGGAACUUACAUCUCUCCCAGCAAGAUCUCACAAUGGGGGUGACAGAAAUGAAAAUAUGACGGAUGAAAAGAGCGAAGCGGAGGAUUGCACGUCAGAGGAACACACUGAAGGAAGGCAAAGGUGUAACGAACAGCCUAAGAUCCACUUGGACCAAAACAUUUCUCAUUCUAAUGCUGCACUGGAACAAUGGUCAGAUAAGGAAGCAGAACAUGAAGAUGAACCACUAGGAGAUGGCUGUUAUGUGGAACUGACUUGCAACAGGAAAGGAAGCAUCUCCAGUCCAGAAAAAGAAAAAGAGGUGAGUCUCCAUGAGAACACCGAAGAUGUGAAUGAGCCAACGUCAUCUGAGGUUAACCACGCAGGAUUAAAGAUUAUUGUCGAGGAAAGCCAAUGUGGUCCAAAAGCAGAGCAGGAUUGCGACAAAAAGCAUACAGAAGAGACACAGGAGGAUAUUCUUGUAGAUAAAAGUCUCGUUGGUGACUCUCCUGUAGAGACAUAUCAGCAUCAGGAUCCUGACAUCAUGAGCCUGAUUGAUCAAAAUAAUGAUACGCCAAAGAAUGGUAGCCUCGGAGAAAAUGACAGUGGUAAUGACCACAGCAGCUGUAAAGACCGCGUAGAAGAGUUGGUGGUAGUAUAUGACCAAAUAAAAAGCUCUACUGAAGAAGAAUUAAGCUUUUUUGAGAAAGACUUUGGCUCUGGGGAGGUGCACAGUGACACAAAGUGUAACAGAGCAGACGUUCCACAAGAUCAGUCUGAAGAAAUAACAUCACAUCCAGUGGCAGUAAGAGUUAGUAUUCUGGAAAAGCAGGUUGCAGAAAGACAGGGGGUGAGAUACAAUAAAGAACAUGCCAAAAAGGCCUCCCUUGUGUUAGAUGUUGAGAAGCUUGCCACUGAAAUAUCUAAGCAGUGCAGUGGAUCAGCCCCUCAGUCAUCACUAUCCUUCAGCUACGACUCUAGUAAUGUUGUAUUUACAGAGCUUGAGGGCAACAGAGUAAAGUUAAUCAGGGACAUGUUUCUAGCCAAGGGUUCUGCAGAUGAACCAAAAUAUGAGCACGGCUUGAACACAACGCAGCCGUUCGAAUUUAGCGCAGACAGUGGUGGCUAUCAGACUCAAACAUCUAGUGAAAGGUCCAGUAGUGAAGAGGAUUCAUCUAGGAAGUCUAUUAGCAAAGGCUUUGUGAGGAGAACCAUUGAAAGGCUUUAUGGGAAAAAGGAUACAGUUGAAAGGCCUCCAUUGGCACCCAGAAGAAGAAAAAAACACUCCAGCAUUUUUUCUCCGUUACACAUGGCCCAAUGCAAAGCAGCUUCUGAGUUGUCUUACUUCAAUUCCACUACUGCUUUAGACACCUUGACCGAGGCAACCCGAUGCAUCGCUUUUAAUGCACAAGUUGGUCCUGGAGACAGCGUCCCCAUCGACACAGGCCGGUGGCUCAUUAGGGAGAACACUCUGAUCAGGAAGUCUGUCUCAGACCCGACUGGAAUCAACAAGAACUUAGUGAACUCCGACGAGGACGAGGAUGGGUGUGAGGACACACAAGAGAACACACCAUACUCCCUUUUCAGCACAACGUCGGAUCCGGAAGACAGUAAAAAGUCCAAAAGGUGCACCUAUUUUUCUUUGCCCCACACAAGUGACUCUGAGGUCUGUCUGGAUGACCCAAGUGCUCUGAGCAAGAACGAGGUGGGCGGCAACCCAGACGCAAAGGAUAGCUCGGAGGGCUCCAAAGCGUGGUCAGAAAGGAAUGGUUCCGCUGUUGGGGACUUUAAAAUAAUGGACAACAAAGUGCACCCGCUGGUGGAACUCCCGGCAGACGGUGAGGUGGUGGUGUCGCAGCCCGGGAAAGGUCACGGAGUAGUGAACAAACGUCUCCAGGAGCCCGAUGUCUUGGAUAUUUUGUACAACUUUUGUGGUGAUCACUGUCCCAUCUUGUGAACUGUAUCUUGUCUUCGGUGCCUAUGUUUUAAAGUUGCCAUAAUGUUGGCAUUAAAUACUGACUUCACUUAUAUUUUUUUAUGUUCAGGUCUUGCGUUGCCAGUAUUAUGCGUUUGCAUCUCAAGUAAUACGCGUGUGAAUAUUUUUGUGUAUUUAUUUUUCCCCCCAGGUUGGUUGCCAAGUAAGCAGAACAAGCUACUGCGGGAGAAUUAGCGUAAUCUUGUUUUCUAGCUCUUAAGAACGGAUCAAGGCCCAGCAGUUGUCAGGCAAGGCUACCAAAAAAAGCAAAACGCAGCUAUGAUUUGGCCUCAAAAUGUUUGUUUUGGUACUUUGUAAAGUUCAUGUGCAGUUGUUUAGACAUGCCAACAAUCUGGUGUUUAUGUGUGAAUAUCAUUUUUGUUUAAGGAUAGAUGAGAAUAGUUUUAAGGGUUGAAAAUGUGGCAGCUGAGACGACUUUGUGUCUUUAAACUCUUGUGAAGGAAUUAAAGUGUAUUAUUUCCAAGUGUAUUUGGCUUGAUCUCAUUUUGCAGCACACAUCCGAGAAAAAGGUUAAAAUCAUCAAGAUGCCCAUUAAAAUACAAUAGCUCAGUGUGAGGAUACCUUGGCUUGUUUACUGCUGGGUGAUCACAAUCACGCCUGAGUCAGGAGGAGCUUGUUUUCUCACCCACGCACUUGGGGAAGCCUGCUGUGUUGUUCCAACCUUGUUUUGUUACCACCGAGCUGGCAAGUGUUGUGACAGGAGCGUAGAGGAAUGCACUAGGAAGGAGAACAAAACAUGGCAGCCUUUGACCUUACACACGGAACAGACUGCAUCAAUACAAACAUUCAAGUGGCCACUUGGCGUCACUGUUCUGCAAGGCAAUCAUCAGGGCAGGGCCAGUCGUCAACGCUCCUCUCUGAUGAUCUUAUUAAAAAAGUGAGCAGGCAGCAAUGUUUUCUGAGUUUAUUAUUUAAAUAAAUAUUUACAGAGCAACUUUGUAUAAAUCAAAUCUAUUUUGCACAGCGCAAGUCUCUAAAAGUAAGUGAUGCAAGAUGAAAGUAAGGGAAAACAUUUGGACGCUAUGCACCAUGUAACACUGGAGCCUUAAGACCUUUUACAUGGUUUAUUAUAAAUGUCGUUAUAGUAUACAUUUAUCUACACGUUGAAAUACUAUACAGUGGAAGUUACUAAGGAAUAGGGGAUGAUAUUUGUGAACUAAUUCUAGAAAGGUUUGGGGGAGAAAAAUGAGCAUUUGUAGUCAAACACUGUUCAAUUCAGGCACAAUCAAAGCAAAUGGUGAAAUGAAAGACACUUGAUACAGUAUAGUAGGUUACAAUGCUCCGCUACGUGAAAGGACAGGAUAUGGCUCAGCUUGGAACACAUCACAGUUUGAGCAAGGUGAUCUAAAGAAAGUUAGGAGCCCCUUUUUAAUGCCCAAGCCACACUUCUAAACAUGAGUUCUUCAGAUAAAACCAGCGGGCAUUAAAUUCUCAGACUGAAGCACAUUGUUUACAUGAUUAGUUUGUGUGACAAUUAAACAUGAUUAAGUCAAAA